AUGGUAGCUUCUCGAAAAUUGUCAAACAUGCCCCUGAACAGUUCUCGGGCUAGCAGCGAUAAUGACGGAAUGAGCCCACAGACUUCCGCUCCACUAGAACCGCAAGAUUUGCAUCCUCUAAACAUGGGGAUGGAACGCAGAAAACGUACGCGGACUGGAUGUGUCAACUGCAGUCGCCGACGGCGAAAAUGUGAUGAGGCUAAGCCCACUUGCACGGGCUGCAAGCGCCGAGGUGACGAGUGCCAAUGGCGUAUGCUCGGAGCCUUUCGCGAUUCCAAUACCAAGGUGCUUGAAUCAGAUCAUCCCUCGAUGAGCCAAGGUGUGACAGCGAGCAAAAACAAGCGUCAGGGUAUAUUCAAGAUCUUGAAUUCCGUCCCCAAAACCUCACGGGCAAAAAACGCACCCAAGCAACAGGGUCACGGAGUUUCCGAACCAGUACAUGAGCCGUCUCCGCCGCUUACUCUAGAUACCAGUGCCACAGCCGUGCCUGUGUGUGCCACGGAAAGUACCCCGGAUCCCACUGCCCCCUCGCUUACCAAUGAGAUCCGUAGUCCUAAUCCCGCGCCUAACCUAGGUCUAUCACCACCCUACUCCAGUGAUACUUCAUCACACCUGUCUCAGAAGUCCAUUCAAAACAAUUCCCCAGGCCAUACUGGGUGUGUGAUCAAUGGGCAUUACGUGGGACCUCACGCGGUGUCUCCCCAGCCUGAUUAUCCACCAACCAUACAAUGUGACUCCAAUACGCUUCCCCAAUCCAGGGACGACUCGUCGCAAAUCCAUAAUUCCAGCCCUGAGUAUAUGAUCGACGGCUUGAAUGGGCUAGGGGGCUUAACUCAGAGCGCCCCGUUUCAUUCAUCUUUGACUGGAUCUUACCAAACUGUUCCAUCGCCAUUGUUUGGUCACAAUAUCUUUUCCGACCCAGCCGAUCUAGUCAAUGAUGUGUUUUUGCCGGGUUCUGCUUAUGAAGCACUUCAUACGGCUCUAAGAAACCGCCAACUAUGGACUGCCCUGCCAGAUAUCCCAAAUCGUCGCAGCUCGCAAGACUCCAUUCCUCCAGUGCAUAGCCCUGUAGCAUUUGGUGAUGUCGGGACGAUUUCGAGGACCGAGCGGCAGUCUAGAGCCUUGGAAUAUAGCAGGCGGUUUUAA